AUGAACGCACAUAGUAACAACAAUCAAAAUAUCGGUCCCUAUGUUAUUCGAUCAGAAAUUGGACGCGGCUCCUUCGCCAUUGUUUACAAGGGAAAGCAUUCAGAAACGAAGCGCGUGGUCUCCAUUAAGAGUGUAUUGACGAAGAAAUUAACCAAGAAACUACUGGAGAACUUGGAAAGCGAGAUAUCAAUUCUAAAGGAAAUUCGACAUGUGCACGUUGUAGAAUUAAUAGACUGCAUUAAACUUGGCAGGUUUAUCCACCUCGUUAUGGAGUACUGUUCGUUGGGGGAUUUAAGCUACUUCAUUCGGAAACGAGAGAAAUUUAGCAGUAUCCCUUCUUUGGCCUGGAUUAAUGUAGACCAUCCACCUGUCUAUAAAGCAGGAUUGAACGAAACGCUAGUUCGUCAUUUUAUGCAGCAAUUGGCUUCUGCACUUCAAUUCCUACGCUCUCGAUCUUUAAUACAUCGAGAUGUGAAACCUCAAAAUUUGCUUCUACAACCUCCGCCAACUGAAGCCUUUUUAGAGCAACAUCCUCAGUUUAUUGGUAGCCCAAAGUUACCCAUGCUGAAACUGGCUGACUUUGGGUUUGCUCGUUACCUUCAAACAUCUAGCAUGGCUGAAACUCUGUGUGGAUCUCCUUUAUACAUGGCUCCUGAAAUUUUGAGAUAUGAAAAGUAUGAUGCAAAAGCAGACUUAUGGUCCGUGGGCGCUGUUCUUUAUGAAAUGGCCGUUGGAAAACCCCCAUUUAAAGCUCCCAACCACGUAGAACUUUUACGCCGUAUCCAGCGUGCAAAAGAUGUUAUUAAGUUUCCAGAGGAGGCUUUCGUUCAUUCGGAUAUAAAAGGAUUGAUCUGUGCCUUGCUAAAGCAAAACCCCGCAGACCGCAUUGAUUACGACCAUUUUUUUGCUAGUAUGGUAAUUACAGCUCCAGUAAUAGAUGAUUCUUCGUUGACUGGUAGCGAUAUUCAGGAUGCAAUCAAGGGUAUAAAUAUCCCUUCUUCUAGCCCUGCAUAUAUCACCGACUUUUUCCCGAAAAGCAACCCCAAUAACCCUCCUGGCGGUUUACUACGACAAGCCUUCCAAGCCCAAGGAUCUGUACAGCAACCAACAGAUAUAUCCAAUCGACGACAUUCCGCCCGUUACGCACAGGAUGGUACAACAUUGCCUCAUGCCCCCGCUGUUUUUCCACUCGAAAGUGCACCUCCUGCCAGCAAUUUUCCUACGCAUUUCAAUUCCAAUUCGAACUUACCAAUCUCCGAGCAUAAACACCAUAAUAACCAUGUACCCGACAGAAGUAGUACUUAUGUCGUCGUCGAUCGACAUACUAUAAACUCCAUUGAACGCCAUUCUGAUGACGAAUUAGACCAAGUUCAAAACCAGGAGCCUUCUGUGAAGGGGAACUCACCUUCUCCAAACGAAGACGUUUUUCAUGGAAGUUUUUCACCUGAAAGCUUGCCAUCCAACACCCAAGCAUAUGUUCAUCCCCGUCGCAUUCCUAUACCUUAUAUGAAAGCCAAUGCCUAUCCGCCCCAUAAUCCGUACAUGUCGCAUACACCAGUUACGCAGUUACGGAGGGCUUUUGAACAGACACCUGUGUCGCUACCAAAUGCGCCUAGUGGUAACAGUCAUGAAAGUGCAUUGGAAAGAGCGCUUAAUGUUGCCAAUGCAAAACUUAAUCAUGGAGUUGAUGGUAUUUCGAGUAAAAGCCCUAUUCAGUCAUUACCCAAGCAAACUAGCUUGUCAAGCCGUACGAAUGCACCUGUUAAUCGCCAGGCCAUGAAUAAGACCCUAAUGGAAGUUUUGGAGGAUCUCGCUGUUAAAUCAAAUGCUGUUUUCCAUAUGGCUGAGGUGAAGUUAAUUCAAGUGCUUCCGUCUUUGGAAAUUGACGAAGCGCAAAAUGAUUCAUUAAAAGACGCUCGACUCACGUCAGCAUCGUUAGUUUCCUUAGUGAAAGAAUCACUGACUUUAUACCAAAGGGAUAUUGAGCUCCUUCAAAUUGCAUUUAAUUUUUUCUCUACCGUUUUGUCUAAUAAGGAUGAGAAGGAUUCGGCUGAGUGCCGAGAAGCAAUGGAAUGGUAUCAAAGAAGAUAUGUAGAGAGCCUAGAGAAAUCUGAGUUCCUAAAGGCCGUUGUAAACUCAUAUUCCUUUGUAAAUACUAUACGAAUGGUCAAACCCGCGUUUGCAUCGCAACUCAUCUACCAGAGGGCUUUAGACAUAUCUCGAAACGCUGCUACCUCCGAACUUUCCGGUAAUGAUUUGGUUAGUUCAUUGAAGAAUUAUAAAGUAGCCAAUAAUUUGUUGGAAUCACUACUCGAAGGUGAAUUCUCGAUUCCUACCGGCACUGAAGACUUCAACAACACUUUUACUAUCCAGAAACUAAUCACCCUAAUUACAAAGCGCUUGGACUUGUUACAAGGUAAACUGCAAGAAAUUCUCCCAAAUGUGACCGAUAAGGUUUCUGAAGGAGUAGCUAAUAUGACCCUUACUACGAAUUAUGCAUGA